AUGAGCAGCCGAGGUUCCCCAAUGCGUUCCCUGGAUGCCAAUCCUGCUCCUCGCAUAGUCAUUCAUCCGAAUCGUCCCGCUGUCCCAUUUUGGAGGAGAAUUUUGACGACAAUCUUCACCAAUCGUCCUCUUGUUCCGGUUUGGAGGAAAUUUCUGGGCAUACUCAAAAGAUGGGCAACUUUCCAGCCAACGUUUCAGAUUCCUAAUGCUGAUCCCGUUGAUCCUCCUGCCCGUCCUCCGCUUCACCGCAGGCUCAACCGGCUCGGAGGCGUCCCGUUCCGAUUCGUGUUUCUCAAGGUGUCGGACUCGGCAUUCUGGUUCCUGGUAUGCAUCCUAAAGUUCAUCCUCCACAUCUUAGCCUUCAACGGCACCAACUUCUAUCAGAAGAAAUUUAAGGGGGGAAAGUCGCUUUGGGGAUGGGCUGUUCUUGCAUGUGUGUUCUUCAUCUGGUUGGUUAUUUACUUCAAGAAGAUCCACCGCUGGAGGCUGAAAGCCACCUGGCUCCAGCUUGAUUUCCCAUGGCCAGUGAAGAUGUUAGGUUUACCUUUGCUGAUUUUGUGCAAUGGUUGGUAUAAUGUUCUUCCUGAGGCUGAGUUUGCUUUUCCAAUGAUGUUGCUUCUCCUCAUCUUUCUGGCGACGGCGCACAUCCUUGUAUUGAGGCCUUCCUCUGAUUUGAACGUCAUAAACGGCCUCCUUACGGCCCUGGUGGUAUAUGGCAUCAAGAUAAGGAAGAAUCUGCCUCCCUAUGGCCUAUUCGCUAUUGUCGCAUCCUGCCUUUUCCUUGGUGCGUUCAAGUUCUAUUUUGAGGCAAUGGUGAAGGAGUUCUCUGUUCCACCGGCGGCGCUCGGAGACGGCAAUGACAACGAUGCUGAUAAUGGGCCGAGGCCUGCAAAUGAAGGGGAUGCUGGAGCCCGAGAGAGGUAG